UAAUUAAUUAUUUAAUGGAAGAAAGCAUCUAUAAUAUAAUAACAGACGAUCCUCUCCCACCUAAGCGAUAAAAAAAAUAUAGAUCCUAAUUCCCUGGUACAAUAUAGCCAUCUUAUAGUACAUUUGCAAAUCAGUCAAAUGUUAUUUAGGUAUGAAAAUCGGCUUAGAUUUGAGGUUAAAAACAUAAGCGGAGAUUAUCAAUUGUCAUCAAAUAGAUAUGCAUCUGAAAGUGGAACUAUAGGAAAAGCAAAAACAUGUUCAUAAUCUUAAUUAAUAUUUUAGAACAACUUUCACCUAUUAAACCAAGAAUUAUGGGCACAAACAAUUUGGAUGAAUGGAUUGAGAAGGGAUCUCUUAUAAGAAGUCGAGAAUUUGUUCAUUCUCAUAGAAAUAAGUUGAAACCCUUGGUCCCUAGAUCCAUUGAAAAACCGACAAUGGGAUUAUAAUCUAAUAGAAAUUUUAUUGCCACAAAUAAGAUUGAUGUCAUUCUCAAAUGUUAAACCCAUCUUUAUUUAUAGCUCCGAAACAACCACAAGAAGAUCCUAAUUGGUUAACCAAGAAAAAUUAUGGAUAAAUUCCAUUGUAUUUGAGUUAAAUCAAAGAUCAGCUCUAAUAAUCGUAUUUAGAAGAAUAAAACAAUGCUAAACAACAAUUGGAAGAACAAAAUAAUAAAUUGUAAAUAUCCAAAUAUUAUAAAUUAGAUAAUUAUUGUCUGAAGAAGAAUUAUAAUAAAUUAGAGAUGGUUUGAAACAAAGGUAUGAUGAAGUCAAUAAACAAUAUCAAUAAUAUACUCAUUUAAAAAAGGUUGACACAGUCGGAUAAAAAAGAAGAAAAGAAUAAUUUGAAAAAGAAUUGAUAUAAUUAGAAAAAGACAUGGAUAAGAUGAAAAAAUAAUAUGUUUUUAUAGAGAAAUGA